AGAGUGCAAAGUAGGCGGGAUCGGCAGCGGCCAUUUUUGUUUGAUUAGGUUAGACCCGUUAGGCAAACUGCCAAGUCCUGAAACAUCUAUCGUGAGUGACCCACCGUCUUCUGAGUAUUCCUGUGUUUCUAUAGGGACAUCAUCUUCAUCUGUUAUCUCGUGUUUGGAUACUUUAACUUACUCUCCUCACCAUGGUAUCACUCCUGAGAUCUGAGGAGUGUUCAGAACCUGAUUCUGACUUCCACUUGCAACUGUCAGACACAGAAAAUGAAGAGUUCAAGGAAGCACUCAAUAGCAGUGGGGAUAUGGAUGAAUCCUCUUUGCUGGAAUCAACUGAUGAUGAGGCAGCUACGGAGCCUCUGCAGCAAUCCAGUGAGGAUAUGGAAGAUUUCAUAGAUGCAGAGAUUUUGGUCAAAGCUAAUUUUCAAAAGGUACCAGCUAAUGAGGAGGAAUCUUCAAACUCUAAUAUGGAUCUUGGGACUGGGGAGGCAGACAAAGAAAAUUCUUUGGCUAAAACAGUUCCAACAGGGAGCUCAGAUGAUGGUGACUUACUUCUGGUUUUAAAUGAGAAGGCAGCAGACAUUGAUGCUACUGAGUAUGCAAAGAGUGUGGCUGAGCAGGCAGAAGAAGAGAGUGAAGAUGCUAAAGUGAAGGAUGAGUCUUUGACCUGCCCUGAAAGCUCUAAGUCACCUCCAAGUGUAAAUGAACAAGAGAGUGAAGAUAAGACUGAUAAUUCUCCUGAUGACUUGAUGGAUAUUGGUGAUAGUAUCUUGGAUAUUGGGGAGGCUUCCACCACAACUGCAACAGACGAAGUGGUAGAGGAAGCUCCUUUACCUACUGAUCAAUCGGCGCAGGAAGAGACGAGUCAAAAGAAAAACACAGAAGAAUUGGAAACUAAGGAAGACGACACAGAGGAAAAAAUUGAUGACAGUAUUAAUACUGGAGAUGAAGCAGAUGAGGUUGGUGAACCUGCAGUACCAAACCCCACGACAAUAUCAGAUAACGAUAGUAAUAAAGAAAAUGUACAGGAUGACGAAGGGACAAUUGAAAGUAAACCUACCGGAAAAUCAAGAGAGUCUGCGCCGACGGGUGUAGGUCCUAAAAGUCUACGUAAACGUAUCUCUUCUGAUAUGUAUGACUCUACCGAUAAGACGAAAAAAUUCAAACCUAACACCACAUUGACAACAGAUUCAUCAUCUGUUACCCCAUCAAUUCCUCUAGUUUUAGAAAUAGGAACUAAAAUUGAAAUGAAUGACACAGACGUGAAACCAAAGUUGGAAGAUGAUAGCAAAGAGACUUUCCGUGCACUAUUCAAAGAUAUAUCACUGAAAAACAUAAAUCGAGAGGGGCUGGAAGCGUUUGCAGUUCAAAAGAUUUGCGAAUCUCUCGUUUACAAAUCAGAAAUUCGAAAUUUACUGAAAGCUAUUCGUGAUCGCGAUAGUAUCAUUGAUGUAAUGCAGAAGGAGAUCUCUGCCUUGUCUAAACAGGCGAAUGAUUUGAAUAUUGUGCACGAGAAAAUCCUGCAGGACAUGCAACGGUUCAAGAGAUGCUCAGAAAAACCGCUGAUUGUACCGCGGAUAACUCGCUCGGUUGGCUUGCAGGCGUUUUUAAGGGAAACUUCUACAAAAAAACCAGUAACUGUGAGCCCGGAACCCAAACCAACGCCAUCUUUGGCGAAAAUUGCGCCUAGGCCACCAGCAUCAAAUGUUGUCCAGUUGCUUAAAGUUGCGCAUCAACAAUUAACAGGUAAGUCAUCAUUACAAAUGGUGGCAGCACCACGACCCGUCCAGAAGAGCCCGAAGGUAUCUUCGACAAAAUGUGCUAAUAAUAAAGUUAGUCAACCCGCUGUAAGCGACAAUGUGGCCACACCUAGUGGUGCGAGUGUUAUUGAUUUGACCAGCGAUGACGAUAAGAGUCUACCGGCAUCGACAACCCUCCAGCGACUUUCACUCGCUACAAAACUGAUCCAACCCACAAAUGGGCAUAAAUUUGUAUUGGUCAAUGGACAAUCCGUAAUGGUUAAAAUUCCUCCGAUCGCACCUGGUAACAACAUUGCGUUGAACAACAGCCCAAUGAAAGUUAUCACAACCGGGGCACCAGUGCGAACAAUGCAAACAUCUAUACUACGGACGACGAACUCUGUUAAUUCGAACACAACGCCCACAAACGUGGUAUCUGCGCCAGUGACUACCACUCCCCAACGUCCCAGCAAAGCUAAAUUUGUGAAAGGUCGUCAUCCAGCUCCUUUCCCAAUCACACCUUCACGAAACAUCGCAUCUAAUAAACCUAUACCCCCGCGUCCGCAGCUUACUCUUACUAAAACUGAGUGUGGUAACGGUAUCAUUCUCUCCUGGAAGAUAACUUCGAAUCUGGAACUGUUUUCUGAGAUUGCUAGUUACCAAAUUUACGCGUAUCACGAAACAAAAGGUGAGCCCCGUUCUGAAAAUUGGAGUAAAAUCGGGGACGUGAAGGCCUUGCAGUUGCCGAUGGCAGUUACACUGACUCAGUUCAUGGCGCACAAUCGGUACUUUUUUGCAGUACGUGCUGUAGAUGUUUUGACCCGUGUCGGGCCAUUUAGUGAGUAUCAGACGAUUUAAAACAUAAGUUUUUUGACAAUUUAUUUUAGCGUCUGGAAUGCUUUUUUUAAAUAUUGAAUUUUCAAAUUUCGUUAAUUGCGAUUCAUAAUAAUUGUAUUUAUAUAUUUGACUAAGUAUAUUUUGUGGCAAUUUAUUUUUUGCUGCCAAUAUUAACAGUUAAGACUGUUUCUUCUUCGUGACGACUCUCACGGUAAGCAGGGUUUUAUCCUAAGUAAAGUGAGAAAUGCGAAGAUUGUACAAAGUUACUAAAUUUAUUUCGAAUUAAUAAAAGUCAGCAAUCACAAUAGCAGUUUACAUCAAGAUAUUGUUUCUUCAACAUCAAAAACAGGUCCGAAUUGUAUAAAUGGAUAUUUGGUUUUACAAAUCUUAUAAAAUGAUCCAUUUCGGUUAUGUCAUAAUGAAACGAAUGCUGUUUCCAAUUUAACCAAAGCUGAACGCUAUUUCAUAACCUACGUCAUUAUGUUGAAACAUCUACAAUAUCAUGAAAUUCUCUAAAUAGAUGUUUUUGCACACCCUCCUGCAAAGAUGUAAAUAAAUUUGAUUUUACAAGUUACCAAUAUACAUGGUGCUUCAAAUGAA